AUGUCCUCAAGGCGCUCAAGUGUGUGUCUUGCCCUGUGUUUAUGGAUUACUGUAAUAUGGAAUGUCGACGCCAGGAAACAAGACGAGUCCUUCUUCACCGGGAGCAUUUACCGCGCGAGAUGCGCCUCGAGAUGCCUUAGUCUUCACAUCACUCGAAUUUCAGCAUUUUUCAAGCAUUAUCAGGGCAAUGGAUCUCUGGAGUGGUGCCAAAACCAUAAGCAGUGCUCAAAGUGCUUGGAGCCAUGCAAGGCAUCAUGGGAUCUGAAGGAGAAUCAAUGCCAGGAUUUAUGUGAGCCGCUUUUUCCAAAGAAACACUACGAGUGUUUGACAAGCUGUGAAUUUCUGCGCUCCGUGGAAUCGGUAAAGCAGGGAGACUGCCCCUCGCCGGAGAGAGCCAGCGGAUUUGCCGCCGCCUGCGUGGAGAGCUGUGAGGAAGACUCUGAAUGCUCGGGGCUGAAGAAGUGCUGCUCCAACGGCUGCGGUCACACCUGCCAGAUCCCCAAGAACGUCUACAAAGGUGCUCCGCUGAAGCCCAGGAAGGAUCUGCUGUUUGUGGAGCUGCCCUCGGGCCAGCUGGAAAUCCGCUGGUCCUCCAAGUUCAACAUCUCGGUGGAGCCAGUUCUCUACGUCCUACAGCGGCGCUGGAACCACGGGAUCCAUCCCAGCGAGGACGACGCCACGGAAUGGCAGACCGUCGCCCAGGUUACAGAGGAGCGAGUCCAGUUGGCCGACAUCAGACCCAGCAGGUGGUACCAGUUCCGUGUGGCCGCAGUUAACGCACACGGCACCCGUGGCUUCACUGCUCCCAGCAAACACUUCCGCUCCUCUAGAGAUCCGUCCCCGCCUCCCAGCCCGUCCAACCUGCGAGUCACCAACCUGACGACCGGUUCCGAUGGCCUGCUGACAGCCCUGCUGGACUGGACCCUCCCGGAGGAGCCCGACAUCCCCGUUCACCACUUCAAAGUCCACUGGAGCUGGGCCGUGCCGGGACGGGCGGGCGUGCCGGCCAAAAAGAGGAGGAGAAAGACCACCAGUGGGGCGAAGACCUCGGUAGAGCUGGAGGGACUGUUGGCCAAUAUCAGCUACACGGUGGAGCUCCAGGCGGUGGCGUAUUGGGGGCAGGUUCGUCUGAAGAGCUCCAAAGCAGCCUUGCAAUUCAGCACUGCCCUGCACGACGACUCGAAGUCAGGAUCAAAAUCAAGGAAAGAGGAGGGGCCUGCAGCAGUAUCUGUGCCAGGAAAGAGACCCACUGGUGCCCUUGAGGUUGGCACGCCCUUCUACCAGGACGGCCAGCUACAGGUCCGCGUCUACUGGAAGAAAAGAGGAGACCCGUUGGUGAGUCGCUACCAUGUCCAGUGGAUGCCUGAAUACUGCGCUCACAACGAGACCAAAGCACUGGAAAAGUCUGUCACUCAGGAGAAUUACAUCAACCUUCCUGGCCUCCUGUUUUCCUGCAAGUACAGAGUGACCGUCCACACCAUGAAGUCCAAGAGACGCUCCAAAGACCAGAGCACCACUUUCCUCACGCCGGCCUGCGCCGUGCUCCGCAGCAAGACCCAGAAACCCAUCCCCUGCCCCGGGGAGGGAGGAUCCGUCCAGCCCAAAGUCCUGGCCAAGCCAGAAAACCUGACAGCGGCGUUUUCCAUCCAUGAGGGAAACAUCACGGGUCACUUCCUCUGGAGGGUGUCCAGACCUCAGCCUCACCAGCGAAUCACAGGCUUCCAGGUCACGUGGGCCGAGGUUACCACGGAGAGUCGACAAAACAGCCUUCCCAACAGCAUCAUCUCCCAGUCUCAGAUCCUGCCACCGGACCAUAACCUGCUGGUGGUGUCCAACCUCAGGCCAGAGACGUACUACAGGCUGGAGGUCCAGGUCAUCACCGCGGGAGGAGAGGGACCAGCCACCAUGAAGAUCUUUCAGACUCCCAGUGUCAACCCAGUCCUACAGCUCAGGCCAAAACUGAGGCAGCAGCAUCAUCAGAAGCAGUCUCCGGAGAAACACUGA